CACCGUUCAAAACAAUACUUGAAGUUCCGCCUGGCUGUCUGGCGCCGCGUCCUCAUGAAGAUGUCUCAAAAUACUCCCGACAAAGACGAACAAACGUCAACUAACAAGAAAGCUAUCUCCCUCCCGAUUUCCAGAGUGAGGUUAAUAAUGAAGAGCUCCCCGGAUGUCUCCAGCAUCAACCAGGACGCUCUUUUUCUUACCACUAAAGCGACAGAGCUGUUUGUGCAGCACCUGGCUCUGGCUUCAUUCAACAACGGCUCCGGGAAAGAGACAAACUCUCUGUCAUACAGCGACCUGGCUAACACCGCGGAGGAGACGGAGACUUUCCACUUUCUGACAGAUAUCCUGCCCAAGAAGAUCUUGGCUCGAGAUUACCUUAAGUCCUUGGAGCAAAUGCAAGAAGACGACGCUGACUUUUAAAAAGGACACUGCCUGCAUUUCACAUCUGGGCAGAUGUUGAUUAAAUGUGCUUGCCCGUCAUUAAUUGAAGCACUGGCAAAAGAGACACCCUUCACUUUCAGAGACAGAGUUCAGCUGUUAGUGGACAUGCAACUGAAAGUAAAGCAUAUAUUCUAGGGCAAAUGUGAAGACUCGGAGAACAUGCAGAGUCUUAGAGGAAUAUAGAACUUUUACUGUAUACCUAAGAUAAAUACUUGAUGCCAGAAACUUAAAUUUGUAACAAUGGCCUAAACAAAGCAGCCUUAAACAAACGAAUCAAAAAGACAUCACCUUUCAAGAUUUUGAACAUUUUAGGAUUUCAGAACAAUUUAGCAUUUGUCCCGUUUUCCUAGACUGUUUUUGAAGGUUUUAUCGUGGUAAUGUCUUCAACAUUUAAUGCUUGUUUUGCAUGUCCAACAAUCAGUACGAGUGUUUUUUUUUUUUUAAAGGGACAGCCCCCCCCCCAAUCAAAAAUUCAUGCUAUGUAUCAAUCUAGAUUUAUUAAUUUAGUUCUAUUAUAUUCAAGAGAAGACCGACAUCUCUUUGAUCUCUCAUUGGGGAACUCACACCAAAACUAUGUAGAGUUAUAAAUAUUGCUUAAAGUCGGAGGGAAAAAUAUGUAUUUUUUUUAUUUUUGGUUAAAUUGUCUCUUUAAUGACUUGCAGGCCUGUAUGGGCUCACUCCAUGUAACCGACCAAGACAUAAUUGGAAUCCAUUCCACACAGCUGCAGCACAGAUGUCUCAGCUCCUGAGUUAUUAUUUCCUUUAGAAUAUGAUUUGGUGAACACUUUUUAUUUUAUAGUUGCUGUCGAACAUUGACUUCAAAGUGAAUUAUGCUGAUGUUACUGAUCCUAAGUUAUACCUGAUUUUUUUAAAGAUGUCAUGUUUUAGUUAUGAGUUUGUCAUAAAUACUUGAAAAGUUGUUUCAUCAAAAGUACAAAUACCUCUUUUUUUUCCAGCUUAACUACAAGCAGCUAAACUUGCCGGGUCUUUCCAAAUAAAAUAAAAAUUAGACUGAGCUUAAUAGAUGUGAAUAUUUAAAGUGUAUAUAACAGCUUGCCACCUUACAAUGCAUCAUCCUCAUGAAUUUGCAAAUUAAUUGUUUAGAUUUGAUAUUAAAAUAAAGAUUCACACUGUCUGAUA